GGCAUGAUACUCAUCUCCUGCCAAUUACCAUCCCCUAGGUACCUCCUAAUUAUGCUGGGACAUGUUUAAGCCUAAAGGCCUGAUUUCAUUGAAACGUUGUUUUAAAAGUCAGGAAAGCAAUAUCUGUGGAUGUUGGGUUUUGUCAAACCCUGUUUUUGCAAAAUGUCAUUGGGGCCUAAAUUGUUUCUCCAACAUAGUUAUUCUGUUAAUUGAAUGAAUAAUGUGAUGGAAAGUCACCCUUGUACAUUUCUCUGUAUUUUGGGGAAUGUUUUGCUAGUAAUUUACACAGGAGCUCUUAAAACUCACAUUUGUCUCUCACUGAUGGUCCUCUAUUUUAAUUGGAGGAUGAAGAAAAAUUAGUUAAGGAUUUAAAAACACAAUCUGUACAAUGAACAUGGAUGUUCCUUUGUCAUAACCAGAUUUGGGUUCUGUUCCAAUUUCAUCAUGAUACAGCACAUCUGGCAUAACUGUCUAAUGAUAAUCCAUUAAGUGGGUGGUCCCAGAAUUGAUUGGCCAUACUAUUGUCACAGUAUUAAUGCUUAUUUCAUUGCACUGGUUCAUCUUCCUCCUCAAUUUUCCGGUAGCAACCUGGAACAUAUAUAGGUUCAUUAUGGUGCCAAGUGGGAACUUGGGGGUGUUUGAUCCCACAGAGAUCCAUAAUCGGGGGCAAUUGAAAUCACACAUGAAGGAAGCCAUGAUUAAGCUAGGCUUUCACCUGCUAUGUUUCUUCAUGUACCUUUACAGUAUGAUCUUGGCUUUGAUAAAUGACUGAAGUUGAAAAGGAACUGGUUAGUUGCCAAAUUUUGAACCAUCUGAAUCACUCCAGUGAACAGUUGUGGAGCCAGAGACACUUGCGAACAUACCUGGACCGGUCUCGUCAUGCAGUAUAUUUUUUCCUCUUUCAGAUAUUUUUGCUGUAUUUUUAACAUAAAAUAUUUUAAAAACCAUGA